AUGGCCUCUCCAUUCUACAAUUACACCAUCGCCACUUUCACCAGGGGUCUCAAAACCAUCGCUGCCAUCCUCAAAAAAGCUGAAGAGUUCGCGAAAGAAAACAACAUCCCGCUCGAUGACCUUCUCAAUGCCCGCCUUGUCGAGGAUAUGAAGCCGCUCUCCUUCCAAGUUGUGACCGCAACAAGCAUCGUCUCCAAGACCAUCGCCCGCGCAGCUUUCGUCGAUCCUCUGCCACAGGAAGAACCCGACGAGACCUACGAAGAUCUUUACAAGCGUCUUGAUAGGGCACUCGCGGAGGUCGAAAAGGUCGAUCCGGCUAAGACCGCUCUGAAGGAAGGGCAAACCUUCAAGGCUCCAGUUGGGAAGAAAGAGUUCGACUUUACGAUAGAGGAUUAUUCGGUGCGAUUUGCGAUCCCCAAUUUUUACUUCCAUGUUGUGACGGUGUAUGAAAUUUUGAGGGUGAAAGGUGUCCAGAUAGGGAAGGUGGAUUAUCUAUCGGAAUUUAUGGCCUAA